AUGCCUAAUAAUGGAACCUCCAUAAAAACAGAAGAGGAUGAGCUCAGAGAGCUUCCAGGUUGGGCCUUGGCCCACACAAAGCAGAUGGCGCACAAGUGCACCGGCGGCAAGGCACCACGAAAGCAGCUGGCUACCAAAGUAGCUCGAAAGAGUGCUCCAGCUACAGGUGGUGUAAAGAAGCCGCACAGAUUUCAGCCUGAUACUGUAGCCUUGCACGAGAUCCUCCUGUACUAGAAGUCUACAGAGCUUUUGAUUCACAAGCUGCUGUUCCAGCGGCUGGUACGUGAGAUUGCACAGGAUUUCAAGGCGGAUCUGCGUUUCCAGAGUUCGACUGUGAUGGCACUGCGGGAAGCAUGCGAGGCAUAUCUGGUGGGUUUUUUUGAAGAUACCAGCCUGUGUGCUAUUCAUGCCAAGCGUGUCACCAUUACGCCUAAAGAUGUCCAGCUGGCUCGGCGUAUUCGUGGGGAGCGUGUCUAG